AUGACGGUGAACAGCUUUGAGAAAGGAGGGGAUGGAGGUGGACCCUCAGCUUGUGAUGGGCACUUCCAUUCCAACAAAGAUCACUGGGUGGCUCUUCCUCCUGCCACCUUUGAUCAUAACUCCAACUGUUUCCGCAAACUGAAAAUCAGUGCGCGAGGGAAGUCUACGGUGGCCACCGUCAUCGAUGAAUGUGCGAAGCCGUGCAAGGAUGAUAUCGUGGACGCCUCUGAGAGUGUUUGGAAAGCCCUCGGCGUGCACCGCGGAAUCUCCUGUGAUACUUUCAACAACGUUACCGUUGUUGAUCUCACGGGGGCCUCCAUUUCUGGCAACCUCACUUCCGCUAUAUGCGCCCUUUCUAAUCUCACCGCCUUGACUCUCCAACGCAAAGCUUUCACCGGUCCUUCUCCCAUUGGCCUCUUGCAUUGCAAGCAUUUGCACAAGCUCGAUUUGUCGAGCACCAACUUUGCUGGAACGCUGCCCACUUGUAUCUCCGAGUUGAGCAAGUUGAGAAUCUUGAAGUUGCCAAAUAAUAGUUUCAGUGGCUCCAUUCCUCCAGCCUUCAGAAUGGUGGCAAAGCUCGAAGCUCUCUUCUUCCACGAAAAUAGUUUGAGUGGAGAAUUCCCUAAUUUUUUCGGGGAAUUAAAGUCUCUCAAGAACCUCACGUUUGACAAUAAUCCUCUGCGUCCUGGUGUGCUACCUGUUGGAAGUAUCAGGGUUCUGAGAAGGGGGGGGUUGAAUCAGAACAGUAGGUAA